CGCGGUACAUUAGAAAUCGAGGUGUAAUAAACUUUUGUCUUUCUAAUGUCCUAACUAAGAGGCAACGAGACGGCGGAGCCAGUUCACGAAUACCAUAUAACGUUCUAAUGUAUAAUAUUUUAACCAACCAGUCAAAAUUAACACUUAAAGAUAUUGAUUUAAUAAAUGAUUUGUCAUCCUUAACUCAAACUUCUUAACUCCAAAUAAUUGGGAUAACAUAAAUUUACUUGCUUCUUUUUUCGUUUUGCAAAUUUCUGCGAGAUGAUUUGAUAAAUAUUUCAAUAUGUUUAUAUAAUUAGAGUUAUUGGAUUUGCAUUUCGUCACAAGAUAAAUAAUUAAAACAAAUUCUUUUCGUGUAUAAAUCACACGCGUAAAAAAGGUAGCCGACAACGACAAAGAUUUGUGGCUGACAAUUGUUCAUUUAGUAUAUACCGACACGGCGUCGCUUCGUUAUACGCGAUGCCCCGCCACUCGUGCCACCUUUUCAGCCGUCGCCCUACUAUGAGUAUUUGACUGACCAACACCGCGUGCCAUACGCCACGGUGCAAAGUUCAGCAAGUGCUGCACGGCAGACGACGACCCGCCGCAAUUGAUACGAGAGUCUUCUUCCCGUUGUCAGCGUGACAGCGUCGAGGAUGUUCGCCCCGGCUCCGGACAAGACAAACCGAUCCGCACCCGCGCCAUCAGCGCUGCUAACGUUUUGACGCCCGAGGGCCAUGUCGGACACCGAGUCAUAACGGGCGAUUUGAAAACAUAUAAAAAACGAUUAAAUUUGCGUUUUUAUCGAGCAUAUGAAAUUCUGCGAGCUUGCAUAAAAAUGUAUUCUCUUGAUGGACAUGAUACACGUCAGAAAUGAAUGUGCACGAAGGAGAUUUAAACGAAGACGACCGAAACGAAGUACGGAAAUGUAUAGUCGGAGAUAUAAUUAAAAUUAUUUCUGGUAAAAUUCCUCUAGAUGGAGUUGUUCGUGGUAUAAAAUUCUUCAUUUUUGGAUCUGUCGAAAUCCCUUUUGCAGAGUAUUGUUGUGCUGCUUUUUACACGUAUUUGGUUUUAGAUGAUUCCAUGUUUUCUGGACUAAUAUUACCAACAUCGGCAGGUAUUAAACUUAAUAAAGUUAUUAAUUAUUUGUCAUCCAAAAAUUUAUCACAUGGACAAAAUGCAUUCCAUAAUUGCAUUGCUAAUUUAAACAUAAAUGGUUUUGAACAAAUGAAUUAUGAAGAAUUCAAUCAAUCUUUAAGUAGACUGGGAGAUGAUAUAAUUUCUCGUGAAAUUCAGCCAAAAGAAAUGAGUCCAAAAAUUUACCACAAGCACAAUUUGCAUUCCAUAAUUGCAUUGCUAAUUUAAACAUAAAUGGUUUUGAACAAAUGAAUUAUGGUAAGACGUUGAAAUAACUUUGAUAUCCUUAUAUAAUUAAAAUAAUUCAUUAAAUGCUGAUCAUUACAUUUGUAAAAGAAGUAAAAUUUUUUUUAAAUUUAUUAUAAUAUCAAUCGAGCCACUAUAUUUUUACAAGAAAAUAAACUGUAUAUAAUCCUAAAAGUCAUAUUUAAGCCUUAAGAAAAACCUUAUACGAAUAUCAAACAUCUUUGCAACAUUAUAAUCUAUUUAGUUUUGUAAAACAUGUGAAUUAUUCUAUUAAAUAUAGUAAAAAAUGUAAGACGCUAUGUUAAUAGUAUUGUAACAUUAUU